CGCUCGCUCGCUCGCCCACCCACACCUGACGCCUGGCGAAUGGCAAUGGCGCAUUGGCGGCCCAGUCCUCCACACGUUCCGACAAGGCAUGCAUGUCAUCAUCCAUCUCCCCCAGCCCCUUGUUGCCCUACACGUCCCACACCCACAGCCACUUGUGCGCGCCUCGCUCUCGCACCAACCGCCGGCGCCCGGCCGAUCGAUCAGCCCCGCUCCCGCGCGUUCCUUUCUCCCUUGGUCUGGUCCUUCCCUUCCCAUGUCUCUCUCUCGGCAGUCCAAGCAUCAUCUCUCGAUCCACUCACUACCCUCUCAGCUCGCUGCCCCCCCGUUAUAGCAGUGACAGGCUACCGCACCCUCCUGAAUCCUCUCACAGUCUCACACGCACGCACGCACGCACGCACUCGCUCUGCUAGCUGUUCGUCCAUCCGUGUCUUUCUCGGGCGCUGACGAGCGGCGAGGCUACAGGGCCGGGUGGUGGCCGGCCAAUGGGGAAGGGGGACAAGCCGCCGCCGGAGCUCUACUACGAGAUCCUGCACGUUGCCAGGGACGCCUCGCCGCAGGGGGUCAGGGCGGCGUACAGGAGCCUGGUCCGCCAAUGGCACCCCGACAAGCACCCGCCGGAGUCCAGGCCGGAGGCGGAGGCCCGGUUCAAGGCCAUCACCGAGGCCUACGAGGCGCUGCUGGACCAGCAGGUGAACAGGGCGGCGGCGUUCGCGGCGCGCGACGGCGGGAGGAGGAGGAGCAGCAGCCCCGCUGACAAGGACCACCGUGCCGCGGCGGCGGCGGUGCCAGGCAUGGCGGCACGGAGCAGCGAGAAGGCCGGCGGCGGCGCCGCGCCCUGCACGCCGGCGCGGGAGGAGCCGCCGCUGCCGGUCAAGAAGGUGUACAGCGCCUGCAGCAACGUCGGCCGGGGCCGGCGCGCGUUCGCCGAGUUCUCCAGCUACGUGGUGCGCAAGGCGCCGCCGCUGGAGCGCAGGGUGGAGUGCACCCUCGAGGAGCUCUGCAGCGGGUGCAACAAGGAGGUCAGGUACACCCGCGACGUCGUCACCAAGAACGGACUGAUCACCAAGAAGGAGGUGACGCAGACGGUCCGGGUGAAGCCCGGGAUGAGGAAAGGCGCGGCGGUGACGCUGGAGGGCGCCGGCGACGAGCGGCCGGGCUGCCUGACGGGCGACGCCGUGUUCGUCAUCUCCGAGAAGAGGCACAAGCGGUUCAAGCGGCUCGGCGACGACCUGGUGCUCAGGGCCCGGGUGCCGCUGGUCAGCGCGCUCACCGGGUGGCAGCUCUCGUUCAGGCUGCUCGGCGGCGACAAGUUCAGGUACGCGUUCCGGGACGAGGUCAUCUGCCCCGGCUACGUCAAGGUCGUCAAGGGCCACGGCAUGCCCGUCGCCGGCGGGGACAGAGGCGCGCACGGGGACCUCAUGGUGAAGUUCGACGUCGUGUUCCCUGAGAACCUCACGGACCAGCAGCGGAAGGGGCUCGCCGAGAUCCUCAGAGGCUGCGACUGAAGCUUGCUGAUGAUGAUGGACCGAAACUGAAACUGAAACUGCGUCCUGUGACGGCUUCGUGUCGUGUAAAAUUUUGGUAGGCGCUUCUGUUGCUGUUGAUAGACAACUCGGGACAGGACUCUACAGCGUGUACAUAGAUUAGAGGUUCUGUUUUUCAACUAAUAAUGUACAUGGUUGUAAAAAUUUACAAGAGCGGGAUACGGCGCAUCUUUGUCGUCUGUUUCUCAUA